UUUGGUAUGUUGCCGUGUAAUAACUCCAGCAAGGCGGUCAUUAUUGAAGAAAAUAAUAAUAAUGAAGAGUCAGGAAGUCGAUGUUGAAAUUACCGUGAAGCUUUUGAACGCAGCAUUGACCUCUGAGGUCAGAGGUCGCUCACCGCCUCGUGAAUGUAACGUUAGCUCUGCAGGCUAGCUAGCUUAGUAAAGUAAAAUCACAAGCUGUUGCUAGCUGGCCGAUGUAACAUCGUCGACAGCUGUAUUUCUUAAAUAGCAGCUUUCUUUUUUGUAACUGCUUAAAACAAUUCAUAACCUAACUUCAAAAUGGUUAUUGACGACACCAAGCUGCUUAAUAUCCUGAAGGGAAAACGGAUCAAACUGACCCUCAGGAACUCAUCGUACCUCGGCAUCGUGCAACGCAUAAACGCCAACAAAACGUUGAUUUUGGCCGACGUUUGUGGCAGUAAUGGCUGUAAACUCCCUGGCUCUAAAAUGUUCUUCGGCCAUGAGAUCCUGAAUGUGGAAUUUACCAAUGGAGCCAACACUGGCAGCAGCAAUGUCUGUGAGUCCAGCCUUGAAGACCAUUUGAAUGUGGAAAAGUUUCAACCAUACAGGAAGACAAUCACAUUGGAUGAUGAAGAUGAAGGGGAGUUUAUAAACUUUGUCAUCAUAGAUGAGUUUCAAGAAAAGUUUGUGUCUGCUGUGAUGGACAUCAAGAAGCAGCGUGUGAUAGGUGUGGGAGCUGAUGGAGUCGAGGUAUUUGACCACGGGAGACUGUGUUGGCUGCAGAUUGCCACUAAAAACAAGGUGUACCUAUUCGAUAUCUUGCUACUUGGACCUCGGGCCUUUAAGAACGGUCUUUCCAUGAUCCUGGAAAAUAAGCACAUGCUGAAGGUCAUUCAUGAUUGCAGAGCCCUUGCUGGAUGUCUGAUUGCUCAGUUUGGGGUAAAGCUGACCAACGUAUUUGAUACGCAGGUAGCAGAUGUCAUGUGCUUCUACUCCAACACUGGAGGUUUUCUCCCGGACAGAGUCAGCACUCUGCAGCAGGUGGUUAGUCUCCACCUGAAGGUGCCGUCCUCCCAGCUCCUGUCCCUUCAGAUGAAGUCACAGCUCACAAAGGAAGAAAGGGAGAUGUGGUACAAGCGGCCCUGUCCUGUUCCCCUGCUGAAGGUCAUGGCUCUGUCAGUGAUCCACCUCCAGCCUCUCAGACUGGUGCUGCUGGAUACUUUCAUGACGGACUACAUUACCCUGGUGGAUUCAUACCUGUGCAGCAGCCAAUACGAACCUGGUGAAUUGGAGCAUGUCAGCAUGGAGAGUGUGUUGGAGCUGCCUAGAGAGCUCAGACAGCUAGAGCAAAUGCAUAUCGAGCGACAGAAGUGGGCUGCCGACCGUUUCCCCACCACAGAGCAAGGACUGCUGGCUCGCUUCAACCCUCGGACUCAGUCUCCAUCCCAGACCUCCCCUGCAGCGGAGGAGCACGGGCACAAACAGGCAGAGUCCUUUGAACCUGCAGCUGAUGAGUCACCUCCACAAGCUGAUCCUCCCCUUCUCGAGCCACCAAAGAGCCCUCAGAGAGUCGCCAGUGUUUCUCCUGACACAGCACCUCAGGCUCCAUCCCAGACCUCCCCUGCAGCGGAGGAGCACGGGCACAGACAGGCAGAGUCCUUUGAACCUGCAGCUGAUGAGUCACCUCCACAAGCUGAUCCUCCCCUUCUCGAGCCACCAAAGAGCCCUCCCAGAGUCGCCAGUGUUUCCCCUGACACAGCACCUCAGGCUCCAGUCCCAGACCUCAGGAAACAAAUGUCUGUUAACAGUCCCCUGUCUCUCGGUGUAAGCAGAGGGUGCACAGAGGGGCCCAUGGACACAAUGGGUAGAGGAAUGACCUUUGGGAAGGAGCAGUCAUCCAUCCCAGCCUUACCUGCCAUGGGAAGAGGCUUCCUCCUCCAAAUCUCACAAGAUCAAGUUCCAUGUGUGUCGUUUCCUAAAGGGACCAGUAGAUGGCAGUAAAUAUUUGUUUCCGAGAUGUGUUUGAUGCCAGGUGAUUUGUUUGAUUGCCAAGCGCUCUAAUAAACAAAUGUGAUGCAUUGUGAAAAGUCUUUCGAAAAAAAGGCACUAAUAUUUAGUUGUUUGGAAGUUCAUUCAAACAUGUUUGUAUUGUUUGUGACUGAACGUUAGCCUGUCUGUUCCUUUUAUUUGUGUUGUGUUUCCUUUAGCCCCUAAAUCCUUCUCAGUUUAUUUUUGAAUGAAUGAUAAUUGAUUGCAUUCUUGACUUUAACAUCUAAAAAAUGUGUACAAGUCAAGUGUUAUUGUUUAUUUUUUGCAGAAAAUGACAACAAAUUGUAGCCUUGGCUUUUAUAAUUAAACCAUACGAGUGUA